CUUCCGUCAUUGUCAAUUUGCCAAUUGUCAUCUAUGAUUUGUGUUGGUGUUGGUGUUUUUGUGAAUUCGUCAUUAAUCGCUAUUAAUUGCCUUUUCAGAAAAUCUUAUCAGAUUUCAUUCCUUUUCCCCUAAAUUAGAAGUAUAUAAUUGCUCUUAAUCAUAAGUAAUUAAAAAUAUAUAUUUAUUAUUAUUUGCAAUAUGGCAGAGAAGUACAACACGAAAUGUCCUGGUGUAAAACGCCUCAUGCGAGAGGCAAUAGAAUUAGCAGAGGCCACCGAUGAAUAUUGUGCAAGACCCCUUGAAGAUAAUUUAUUCGAGUGGCACUUUACCGUGCGUGGCCCGAGGGGAACAGACUUCGAAGAUGGCAUAUACCAUGGCAGGAUACUAUUGCCUAAGGAGUAUCCAAUGCAUCCGCCUCAUAUUAUACUGUUAACACCGAAUGGCAGGUUUGAAAUUAAUAAAAAGAUUUGUUUAUCAAUUUCUGGUCAUCAUCCAGAAACUUGGCAGCCGUCCUGGUCGAUACGAACAGCUCUAUUGGCACUAAUCGCUUUUAUGCCUUCUCCAGCUGAAGGUACCAUAGGCUCAUUAGAUUACACGCCAGCUGAAAGAAAAGCUCUUGCAAAGAAAUCUACCAGUUGGGCGUGUCCACAGUGUGGUGACGUCACAGCCCUGCUGUCCUCUACAGCUGCAAAGCCUCCAACUGAGGAGGAGCAGACUGUACUUAAUCAAAUAGCAUUCAAAGGUGAAGAGGAGCAAGUGAAACCACCAGCUGAACCUGUCCCUGAACCCCAGAACAUAGAGUUCACACCACAGGUCAUGGAGUCUUCAGAUUCUACCACUAGUUUCUUGGAUCAGUUAACAGAAAUUCUUGUGGCUCUGUUAGUAGGUGCAAUAGGUAUUUUUAUCUAUAGGCGUUGGGAUGCUUUUGCCACCUCUGAGUCUACAGAACUGUAGACAAUUAUCUUACCUAUAUUGUGUAUAUACUAAGUUAUAAGUUAAAUUUAUUAGUUACAAAAUCAAUUUUGUACAUUGUGGUAAUACAAUGAAACUGUAUCUAUGUAAUUUAAUUCAAACAUCAAUAUAUGAUAAGUAACCGAUGUGUAUUUUAUCUUUUAACAAAAGAACUUUUUUAUGUAAAUUUAUUUUGAACUUGUGAGGAGUUUUAAAGGUAUAAUAAUUUAGACAAUAUUUUAUUCAUACUAUCACAUAAUUUUGUAGAUAUUAGUUAUUUAUUAAUAAUGUAGCUUUUAUAAUAGUCUUAAUGUUUAUGUGAACUAAUGAUUUGAAAUUCUGAAAGCAUAAAUGGUUAUAAGUGUAAUAAUAAAAAGUAACACAAUUGACAUUCUGAAUAAUUACAUUAAACUAAAUUGGUAUCCAAACAACACCAUUUAUCUGUUUUAUCUACAACACACCAGCAAAGUGACUUUUGCCUAGUUGGCAAACAUGCAAGCAGCUAAAAAUUAACAGGCAGACAGAUUUCUCAUUUUGAAGGUUUACUUAAGUAUCACUGUUAGUGACAAAUAUUUCUUUGAAUUAAAAUUAAAGCAAUCCUAAUGCUUAAUUUGUAUAAUAUUCAUAUUAUUUAGUCUGAUAGUUUACAUACACUACUCAUAGUCUUGUAAAGUAAUAAUUUUAGUGUAUAUGUAAUUGGACAUAUAUAUUAUGUAAUCAUCUUUCCCCCAACAAGUUAAUAAUUGUAUCCACUUCCUAGUAAAUGUAUAAUAAAAUUCCUAAAAUAGUGCCCAUAAAUGCAUGAAAUAAAUCACACUAGACACAUUACCUAGGAGUCUAUACAAAUCUUAAUAGCAAUCAGGAAUGUAAUGUGUUCAAGAUGUACAUGGGGAUAGCAGAGGGUAUUGCAUCAUCUGGAAUCUAGGGAUUGAACCCUGGAAUGUAACUUAAACAAAAACUCUGGGGAGAAUUAUAAAUUAAUAAUUAAAUAUAAAUAAUUAAUUGACAAAAAAUUGAAUAAUAUUUUCAGUUUAACAUGGUUUAAGUAUUUUAUACACUGAAAGCUUUAGUUUUUCCAUUUACUAACAAUACAAAACAAUAUUUUAUAGAUUUCCUAUAGAGCAUUGGUAUUGCAUACAUUUCUUAGGAAUCAUACAUUUCCGGUGACUUAAAAUAAAUCAUUUUUACUUGGUAUUUCAAGAAAUAAAAUGUGUUUGCGUCUUGACUGGACUAAUGUCCACUGAAUGCAUUAUGAUAUCAAAUGAGUCCACACUUACGGUGCUUUUUUGGAGGGAAUACAAUGAAUAAUUAAUAUAUUUAGUUAUAUGUUUAUGCUUUGCAGUGCAACAUCACAUCUUUAGCUUCAUAAGCACUGUUACUGUUAAUGAAGUGCCAGCUAAAAUAAUUAAGAUUAAGUUAACAUUCCAAGAGCUUAGGUUUGAUCAUUAAUAUUUCCUAUGACUGUAACAUUAUUUGUAGGUUCAUGUAGUUAAUUUCAUUUCAGAUAAUGACAAUUUGUUAUACAAAAAUUGCUGUGCUUGAAAAAUAAAUUUCUAAAUUCUA